GGGUUGCAAGUUCGUAUGCAUUCACGAUCAACGCACAACAUUGAAUUCAUGAUCGACAAUAUGGAAAGCAGCAGUUCAGGUAUCUCAAACAUGCAUGCUGUUGACACCAAAGAGAUGAUGUCUCAAAGUGACGAAACAUUAACAACAGAAAACACUAUUCCGCAGAGUAUGGACGAUCCAUCCUAUACUGAUUCUGUAGGCAGUGCAGAUAGUCGUACAGCACUACUCAAACAUGAAAACGCCCUUGAUGACACUAACUAUUUAAACAAAUCUAACCCAGACAUCGAGCCACCCUCAAAUCACAGCUCUUUUUGGGACGUCAGUGAUUUGGGUCACGAAAUUGAAGCGAAAAUGGCACUCCGAGAUAUGAGAAGGGAGAGAGAAAAAGAACACGUGUUACAGGAAAGUAUAGCCUACAUUGAUCCCUUAGUACCUCCAAGUCCAGACGUGAACAGACUGCGAAGCAUCUGUAGAAAUGCAGUUCAGUCACUGAGUCAGGAAGCUGUGUAUAGAUCAAUGUCUAUACUUGCCAUUGAUGAAAAGGGACUGAAAAAGUUGGAGGAAGAUAAAUCCCCAGUAGUUGACAUAGAGGUUGAAGAAAUCAGAUAUGUCAACAAUCAUCUAAGCAACCUGAUCUUUUUAAGCAUAGGUAUAUCUCUUGUUUGUACAGCAAUUGGAUCUCUGCGCAACCUUUUGAGCAGUAUGCACCAUGACAGCGGUAUUGGAGUGUACUCACUUGCAGCAAGCUUUGGAGCGUUCACCGUUUUCAGUCUCAUCUCACCAUUUGUCGUUCAAAGAUUCCGUCCAAAAUUCUGCCUUGUUGUUGGUAUAUUCACACAACUUUUGUAUGUUGUUGCAAAUCUAGUACCCACAUUUUACGUCUUCAUACCCGCAUCUUUUCUUCAGGGAAUGGGAAAUAGUCUCUUGUGGAAUGCCAUGAGUACAUAUACGAGUUAUCUUGCCAGAGCCUCUGCAAUUAAAAAUGAUAAGAAAACAGAGGACGUAGCAAGCAAAUAUUUUGGUAUUUUCUUCUUCUUUUACCAAUUUUCAUAUGUUGCCGGGAAUCUCAUUUCAUCUCUCGUCCUUGUUUUAGUCCCAAGCAGUGAAGACGGAGCAGAAAGUACCACAACAUCCUACCUCCCCAGUACUUCCAAUUUUAAUGAAUCUCAAUAUGCAUUUGUAAAUGAAUCAAACUUGUUUAUAGGAAACUCGGAGAAUAUAUGUGGUGCAAAAUUCUGCAAUCAUUUUAAGAUGGACCAGUCGGACGUGCAUGUAGAUCCUGACACCUCUGGUAUUUUAAUCGGGAUCUAUGGGAUGUGCGUUGUCAUUGCACUUAUCGUUUCACACGUUUUGCUUGACCCAAUUGCGACAUACCACUCUUCGGGAUGCACCUUUCCACAAAUUUUCAAACAAGUUGGUUCUGUCUUCGAGUGCAUUUUACACUGGAAAUUCCUCCUUGUCACACUUGUUCUGAUGUAUAGCAUGAUGCAGGUUGGGUUUGCAGCAGCUGAAAUGACAAAGGCAUUUGUAUCCUGUCCACUGGGUAUUCACAUGGUCGGUUACACUAUGAUUGGAUACGGUGUGUGUGGAGGCUUGAGUUCCUGGAUAAGUGGGAUAUUGUGUCAAUACGUCGGGAGAGUGGCUCUCAUUUCUUCAGCCGCCUGUUUGGACUUGGCUCUCCUCCUCUUUAUGGUCCUGUGGGAGCCCAAUCCUGAACAAAUGGUGUUAUUUUUCCUUCUUCUGGGAGCUUGGGGAGUUGCUGAUGGUGUAUGGAUCUCACAAGUGAACAGUAUCGUGAGUGCACUAUUUCACGACAAACUUGAGGAUGCAUUUGCAAGCUUGCGUGUACUACAAGGUUUAGGCGGCACUAUUGUGUUCUGUUAUUCCAACAGUUUAUGUGUGCUGGAGAAGAUGUACAUCCUAGCAGCUGUGUGCAUCAUAGGUACGGGUCUCUACAUUGGAGUGGAGAUCUCAGAGAAGAAAAGGAUGUCUAAGAACGAAGAGUCCACCAAAUUUAAAGCUGAAUCCGCCUGAUUUGUUGAUCAAGUUGUUGUGAUCCUCAUAUUUUGCAUUAACGAUGUUUCUUUCAGGAGUUUAUAAUUAUAUUCUUUAUAAUUAUAUUAUGCAUGUCCAUGACACAUUGAUGUUGUUUACAUUAAGGUAUCGGUAGACCUCAUUUCUAGGAUAGAUUUUGUUUAUCCAAGUGUUUCCUUUAUAAGGAAAAGCAUGUAACUCUCCCUACUAAAGGAGAAAUGAUGUGUUGAAUAUUAUUUAAUAUUGUUAAUCUGAUUGAGAGAAUGUCGUUUCCAAGUAAUGUAUAUUUAUAUAAACUAGUGAUGCUAGAAAGGUUUUCAUUACAAUGUAAUGUAUAUUUAUAUAAAUAGAUGUUCAUUUCCAUGAAAUGAAGUAAAAAUGGUCUUAACUUCCGUAAAAUGCAGAAAUCCUGUUUAAGUGGUUAAGAGUGAUUAUUGCCUAUGGUAUACGGCGAGUUGUGAAUUUAACCUAUGUAAUUUAUUUGUUAUCAAAAACAUAUUUUUUUACCAUCAUGAACAAAGAGCUUUAUUGCCAGAGCAUAAUACAUGUCAAUCAUAUACUAUUUUUAUGGCAUUUGCAAAUAAAAUGAUGCAAUUAUA